UGGCCAACUUUCCCUAACAAAGGCAACCGGAAGUAUCAUGCCAGGCUGGCUGAAGAGUUCAAGGUACGCACUUGCACUUGUUCAUGUCUGGUGCUUAAACCCUAAUGAGAACUCGCUUGUAAUGAUAGUAGGCCUAUAUUAGAUCAAUUCAGCGCAUCAAAAGACACCUUUAAAAUGGCUGUGUGAUGAUGACCCAAGCGAGUUAUGAGCAGGUGCCCAUUUUCCGAACAUCGGAGUGGAACGAGUUUGGGAACAACUGUAUGAGUGUGGGCUAUUGAAUCCGCUCACUCAGCUGCUUGAAAAAAACUAAACGGAGGAGCUUGGAUAUAACAAGAGAUCCUGUCAUCUUACCAAACGCGUCUCCAACAUGGACCGGUAUAGAUACUUCGUUUUCAAUCAGCGAAGUGUGGUAGUUUUGGGGAUCUUACAGGUGGCUUGCGCUGGACUGUGUAUGGUUUGUGGGUUAAUGGAUGCAGCUUUCCGCAAGACAACCACACUCAGCACCACGCGGGCUCCAAUUUGGUCUUCCAUGAUAAUGGCUGUACCAGGUGCUCUGGCCCUGUUUGCCUCACAGAGGAAGAACCCUGUACUGGUGAGUGCCAUGAUGGUGUCCUCUGUAUUCUCUUGUGUUGCGGUGGCAGUUGUGUUCACAUAUGCUGGUGUGACCCUCAGUUAUGGAGAGGAGGACGAUGAAAUAUUUCACCACCAUAUCGAAGAAGUGAAGUUUGUGCUGGGUCGGCUGGUGAAGGCUUCCAAUGCCACCAUGUUGCUGGCAGGGGUGGGCUCUCUCCUCUUCUCCUGUCUCAUCGCGGUGGUGGGCUGCCGCAGCCUGCCCAUCUGUGCCUGCUAUGAUGGCCGCACAGGCCUGGAGUCUUUAGUGCCUCAAAAUGACCCCGGAACAGACACAGAGAUGGUGUGCACGUGGCAAGCAGGGGGUGACGAUCGACUCUUCAACUCACCUGUGACAUUUGUAGACAGAUGUGAGCAGGAGCAGGAAGAGCCGUCCAGACUUCCACCUUACGUCCAACUCACAUGAGACUCAGUACUAGCCAAAGCCAUCGGACCUUAAUGAUGUUUUAAUGGAAAGGCACAAGUUGAAUUGUGGGAUAGCUUUUGAGAUGUGUUUGUUAAAAGAAUGUUGGCACAUAGUGAGUGUCUUAAAGCUCCUUCACAGAUUCUCAUGACUGAAUAGCUUUAAACAUUUCAGUGUUUCAGUCCACAUGUCUUGCCUGUCCUGUCAUUAACAACCUCUGUGUAUUGAAUUGAACUACAGUGGAAUUUCUUUCUUAAAAUGUAUGUUUUAUUAAAUUGCACCCCAGGGAUGUAUAUGUACUCUUAUUUAUUGUAUGUGAUGGUCAUACGUUUUUGUUGUUUGUUUUCGUUUUUUUCAAGCGCCAUAUCCUAAAAUGUGCCACAUCAAGGACAAUUUGUGAUUUGUCAUGUUUUUAAAACCAGCUCUAUUCUUGAAUAUAUUUGUGUGCAACUUCAAAUAAACUUUUUUUAUAUUUAAA